AUGCCACCUAGAAUCAAGCCAUUGGACAAGAAUGUUGUGAACAGAAUUGCCGCAGGUGAGAUUAUCAUUGCGCCUUCAAACGCAUUGAAGGAGAUUGUGGAAAAUUCAAUAGAUGCUCACAGUUCGGCAAUAGAGAUCAGCGUGAAAGACGGAGGAGUGAAAUUAUUACAGAUAACUGACGAUGGCGGGGGAAUCAACAAGGAGGAUUUGCCGCUGCUUUGCGAACGGUUUACCACGUCUAAGCUCCGCAAGUUCGAGGAUUUGGAGACGAUUAGCACUUACGGAUUUCGAGGCGAGGCAUUGGCCAGCAUAUCGCACAUCUCGCACCUUUCAGUGGUGACGAAGACGGCGGCGGAUCAAUGCGCCUGGAAGUGCUACUAUUUGGACGGCAAACUUGUUCCACCCCCCACCGGCGGAAGUAGUGAGCCACGGCCUAUCGCUGGAAAAUGUGGAACUUCCAUUAUAGUGGAGGAUCUUUUUUACAAUGUUCCGUCACGUCUUCGGACAUUACGCUCAUACGGUGAAGAAUACGCAAAAAUAGUUGAAAUAGUAAGCAGGUACGCGAUCCACACGGAGAACGUCGGGUUUAGUUGUAAGAAGCAAGGUAGCAGCUCUACGGACUUGGUGAUUCGGGCAGGAAUGUCGCGUAAAGAUCGCAUUAGAAGUAUAUUCGGCUCGUCCGUUGCCAACGAGCUGAUCGACGUGGAGUUGGAGCCUAAUUCAGAUAUAGGGCUAGUAAAGUGUUCUGCUUACGUAACCAACUCCAACUACAGUAAUCGCAAGUCAAUCAAGCCUAUUUUCUUUAUAAACAACCGUUUGGUGGUGUGUGAACCGUUACGAAGAGCCAUGAACCAAGUGUACUCCACUUAUUUACCGAAGGGCCAUAAACCGUUCAUAUAUUUGGCCUUAGAGAUUGUUCCGGGAAACGUUGAUGUCAAUGUUCACCCAACAAAGAGGGAAGUUAGGUUCUUGAACGAAGAGGAGAUUGUCCAGAGCAUCGUUGAUGCCGUAGAGGGAAAGUUGUCAAGUUUGGACUCGUCUAGGACUUUUCUUACGCAGCAGGUAAUUACGCAGUCCCAGCGGGUGGAGGAGAGGCUAAAGAGACAGCCCUUAGACGAAGAAAGCGACACAACACACAAGCGUCGGUCGACUGCGUCAAUCUCGUCAAUCAAGCAGUUUAAGAGACCCUACGAGAAGGAUAUGGUUCGCACAGACUUUAGUCAGGCCACCUUGGAGGAAUACGUGAGCAGCCAGGCCGUCGUGGGGGCUUCCGAAGAGGUGCCGCGUAGCAAUCACGUGAUUGAUAGUAGUAUUGAAGGUCGCGUAAUUGAGAAUCAUGAUGAUGCAGAUGCAGAUGAUGUAAUAUCUGAUCAUGUGACUCUAUCAGAUAAUGAAGUCACUAACUCUUCGAAUACUUCCUCUCUGCCUGCAGUUGUUAAGCUAUCCAGUGUCAACGAACUUCGAAAGGAAGUGGAGAGCCAGUUGAAUGUAGAGUUGACAGCGUUGUUCAGUAAGCACACGUUUAUUGGAGUGGCAGACUAUUCUAGAAGAUUACUGUGUCUUCAGUACGGAGUCAAGCUCUUCUUGGUUGACUAUGCUUCCGUAUGCAACGAGUUUUUUUAUCAAGUGGGCCUCUCUGAUUUUGGCAACUUCGGUAGAAUUCGGUUUAGCAAACCCGUGGAUAUCAGAAUGCUUGUCAAAGAAGAGAUCUAUGAGGACGAACAGUUGAUGAAACGAUACCCAGGAGCUCCAGAUUUGGACGGAUUGAUUCAAUCCGUUUAUGUGGAGAUGGCGGAGAUGCUGGAAGAGUACUUUUGUAUGAAAGUUGACGUCAGCGAUGCUGAAAACCCUAAAUUGCUAACUAUUCCAAUGCUUGUUAAGGGCUAUAUACCGAGUUUCAACAAGCUGAGUUUAUUUCUAUUUAAGGUCGGUGCCUGUGUGGAUUGGGAGGAUGAGAAACAGUGUCUUGGAGGUAUUUUGAGGCAGCUAGCGUUGUUUUAUGUGCCUGAACCGUUGAGCGAUUUGGAAGAUGAUGCAGAAAGUAGACGAUCAACCAGUGAACAGUUGGAAAACAUUCUCUUUCCAUUAAUUAAGAAACGAUUUUUGGCUACGGAGAACUUGGUAAGAGACGUCGUGGAGAUCGCUAACUUGCCAGGACUUUACAAGGUGUUUGAGCGGUGUUAA